AUGUCUCGUGCUUCUUUGUCUCCUUCUUCCUCGUUUUUGUUCUCGUUUAUGUCGUUUACGAUGAGAGCAGUUUUGACGACGCUUUCCCCGUUGGGUUUACUCACGUUCAGCAUCGUGGCGAGCACAACAUCAUCGAAUAUCUUCUUUACCGUUCGAGCGGAAGGCGAGCUGAAAGUCAGAGACGAAGGGCAACUGAUCGCGUCGCAACACUUUCCCGUUUUCGGGUUUAUUCCUCUGGAGAGUGUCAUCCCACCGCUGGAAUCAGCAGGAGAGGUGAAAAUCACGUUAACCAUAUCUGGCGGGUCUGGAAAGCAGAAAGUGAGGACGACGCCGAAGAAAGACGGGACGUUUUGUUUACUCGACGUGCCUCCGGGAGAUCACGAGCUACAAAUAGUCGCGAUUGGGUUUUCGUUUCCACCGAUCGUCGUCUCCGUGGACGGGGAGAACGACGGGGAAGUUGUCGCGCGAUACAGCGAAGACAUGUCGACGAUAUUGCCGAAAGUGAAGAUGCCGGAGAAAACGACGAUUCAGACGACGAAGAAGAAUGAUGAGGAGAACGCGAAAAUGGUCGACCGCGUCGUCAUCGCGCCGGUAUCAAAAGUAGACUACUUUGAACCUUCGAAUCGAGUGACUUUGCUCGGGUUGUUGAAAAAUCCGAUGGUUUUGAUGGUGUUGAUGACGGUGGUUAUGGCGGUGGCGGUGCCUUCGUUGAUUAGAAACAUGGAUCCGGAAGCGCUCGAAGAAUUAAAGAAGGAGAUGGGUAAGGGUAACGUGUUUCAACAGAUGGCAGCCGCGAAUAAGGCGAUGGAUGCGAGCGUCGAGAAACAGGUAAAUAGCAAAUUUGGCGCGAAGGAGGAAAAAAAUAGUGGCGAGAAUGGCGGUAGUGCAAAGAAAUAG